AUGAUGAGUAUAUUCAACAUUGCGCGUGUACUAACAUUUAUUCCCCUCUUAUCUGAGACCCUAUUAUUGUUCAUUUUUCGCUUUGGUUUUGGAUGCCCUACGUUUUUUGUGUUAUUUUGCUUCAGAAAAUGCUUAAAUGGCAACGCACGCAAAAAAUUAUGGCGCUUGUACCUCCCGCAAAAAGCACCCUCCGAUGACAGCAGCACAUCUGAAGAUGAAGUUAUAAUCAGUAAUUACACAAAAUCGAAAAAACAACAAUCAUCUGACUCAGAACACAACUACGAAUCAUCUGAACCACGUUCUUAUCCCUCUGAAAUUGAUGACUUAAGCUUAGAUUCACAUUCCGAAGAUGAGAUUCCUGCGACGCCAUCACCUAGGCCACUACAGCUACAAAAUGAAAGCAAGUCAUACUUACCCAAUUCCAAAGAAAAUUCUCGUCCGACGACGCCUCCAUCGCCAACUCCGCCUCAACAAAAUGAUUGCAACAUACCUGAAGUACCAUGUUCUGAAGUCCAAACUCCGAUUUCGUCUGCGUCGAUGCCACAAGAUAUAAUGAAUGAUUCCAUACUCCACAUACCAACAAUUCCCUUGUCUCCUUUAAUUAACCAAAUGUUUUCACCAGGCCCGUCAAAUCAGCCGCUCCCAUUCACACUGAAUUCGGUCUCAUCAGUAUUAUCACCUAACAUGUCUCCAGCAGCACCUAAUACACGUUCAAAGCGACGACAGAACACAAAACCUAAACACCCAGCGGCAAAAAAAGUAAAGAAGUUUGUAAGAAAACCUCUAUCAUUCAAAUUCAGAGCAGGAAAACUACAGUACGCAGCUAUAUUUGAACCACCGAAACACGAUUUCUCACCCGAUCCACAUCAUUCAAUCUUAGAUUAUUUCACUGACUUUUUUUCAAAUGACAUAUUCGAAUUAAUAGUAGAACAGACAAACUUAUAUUCAGUUCAAACCGAUUCGAGAUCUAUAAAUAUAACAAACGAUGAUGUGAAAGAUUUCAUAGCGAUUACACUCAUUAUGGGGGUAGUGAAAAUGCCCUCUUACAGAGAUUAUUGGAGUCGAUUUUUGCGAUAUCCAGCUGUCGCUGAUAUCAUGCCUUUAAAAAAAGUAUGA